CUAACUUAAAUUACAUUUCUGCAGAGCAAAAAUGAGACACUGUGUUGACUGGCAGUAAACGUCUUGUAACCGCUAAAAACAUAAAUACAGAGAAAACUGUGACAUCCUUUCACUGAAAACAAAAACAUAGAUUAAAUGCAGAAAUAUAAUACAGCCAUAGAGUCUAUGCUGACUGUCCUAACUGAGCAGUCUCCUCCCCCUAAUCCGUGUGCGCGCCUGUGAAACAACAAUAGAGAACAGCACUGACAACAGGCAGCAUUAGGUUUCUCUCACUUGUUCACAUAUGUCCUAGUUAAAUACAGUGCUUUUGUUUUGCUCCGAGGUGGACACUGUCUGGUGAGGAAUGGCUGAGGGAGGCUUUGACCCUUGUGAGUGCAUCUGCACCCAAGAGUAUGCUAUGAGGCGCCUCAUCAACUUGCUGAGGCAAUCUCAGUCCUACUGCACAGACACCGAGUGCCCUCAGGAAUUGCCUGGUCCCAGUGGGUCAGUUGGCGGAGGAGGAGGAGGAGACCUGACCCUCCCCAUGGUUCUGAUGGGAUGGGUGGUGGUGGUUCUGGUCCUGUUCCUGCUGCGCCCAUCCAGUCUCAGGGGUUCCCGUCCCACAGGCAAACCCACUGGACCCCACAAUGGCGAUGGAAGAGAGCCCCCAGCACCUCCUAUUGAUUAGCAGAGGAGCCAGACCACCUGCACUUCUCCUCCUGCUCUGACUGGAGCUGCACAGUUGGCUAGUAACUGUGACCUAAGACAGCGUCACCUCCCUGUCAAGUUUCAUACAAAUAUCUCCUUUUCUUUUCUCUUUUUUCUGUUACUGCAGCAUUGUUGGGUAGAUCUGACUUUGAUUCUUGUUCCUAGAGCCCAACUGAUACUGGACUGAUAAGGUCAAUGCAAAUGUGAUACUUGAGAGUUUAAGUUUCUUUUUUUUUUUACACAAAUACACAACAUAAGCAAUGGUGGCAGUUAUUCUGUUUCAGCUUCAGCUUUGGUUGAUUCUGACUUGUCAUGGGAAAUUCAUCAUAAUGACCACACACAAAAAAAACACACCAUAUCAAAAACAUAAAGCAUAGAAGUAAUAGAAAUUUGGUUUUGCAUAUGUGCUGAUAUAACAAUACAACAAUACCAGCAUGUUGAUGCAUCAGUUGGGUUCUACCUUGUUCUUCACUGAAUCUUUAAUCAGGAGGUGUGGCAUCAUACUGAGUCAGCCCCGAUCUCAGCUCUGGUGCAGACUGAUCUUCAGAAAUUCAGACAUGAGCUCAAAAUGAAGGAAUGUGUCACAUGGGUUGGGGGGAAGAGAGGGCGAGGUAGCAGAGAAUUUUUGUCAGGAAGCUAAAUUGUUUUUCUGGUUUUUGCUGAGUAAUGAAGGAUGGCAGGUUCUUCAGACUCUCUGAGACAUUCCUCCCUUUCCAUUUUAAAGUUACAAAACAGUGCCAGUAAUAAAUGUCAUAUCACAUUUAAUAGCAUAUUCAAAUCAGCACAAUGACUUUUUAAAUAAUUUAAUACCUGUAUUUGAGUGCAUUGAAUUCUGAAUUAGGAUUUUGCUUAUGAUAACAUGGCAUAAUGGUUUUAAUGCAGUGAAUGAAUCCUCUGUGUUUACAUCCAGAUUACAUAUUCACCUGAGCCAGCAAAUAGUCAGAUCUCUUAAAUCCUCUCCUAAAUACGUCAACACAACAAUUACAUAGUAUCACCUUAUAAUGCUGUUAUGGCAAACAGUUGUUUAUGUACACAUCCAGCAGUUAUGGGGCAACAAUAGUAUUUUAUUUGGAGUCAGGUUUGUAUCCGCCUGAUGAAUAUAAUGUCAAUACUCACUCUUCUUUUAGCUCUGCUUUUGGUCUCUGCCACCUCCUGGUAGAAAUAUCUGACUCUUUAGCUGCUAAAUAAUCCACUAUGUUCACCAGCUAGAUGCUAACUGCAGAUUCAGCUGAUAAUUCUCUGUACGUUCAUCACCACCAGCAACCCCUUUCACAUUAUUACAUUUAUUUCACAUUGCCAUUUGAUACAUUUCUAUCAUAUGAAAUAUUGAUUAGAGCCACUUUAAGUAUCAGUUGGUUACUGAAGUGUAAGUGAUGAACAGGGUAAUGCAUUUGCAACACGUUAUGGGUUAUUGUAUGAAAUGUGAACAAAAUAUUUGAUGGACAGAAGAGAGAUAAUAAUUUUUCCCCUCAGUCAAGAGCCUCUUUAAAAGAUUUCACACUCGUUUCAUAAAAUGCAGUGAAUUGCAGGCAGACAGGGUUUAAUAGGUCUAGUCAUUAUAAAACAAUAUACUCAGCACAAAGUUUUAAUCAUAUUGAGAUGAUUCUGUGUACUGUAGUUAUUUUGUGGUUCAAGAGGAAAAUGAUUAUUGUAUACUGACUUAGUAGUUGAGAAUCAUAUUUUAUUAGCACUUUUGUUGUGGUAUCUUGAUUCAUUCUGAAUGUGUGUUGUACUGAUUAAGCUGUCAAAAAAAUGGUGGCCUUGUAGGGAUGAGGGCCGGAUCUUUCUUUUUCUUUUUUUUCUUUUUUUCUUACUGAGAAUCACAGCAGUCUGUGAUUAAUGGGAACAAUCCAAAGUUUCUACUUCUCAACUUCUGUAUCAUAAUAUGUCAAACCAAUGAAAAGGAAAAAGAUGAAAAGACGCAUUUUCAAACAGUGCCAAUGUAAUUGUAUGGUUAUGGUCUCAGUGCUGAUGUAGAGGACAACCUUUUGUGAAAGAACAGCAAUAUUUGAGUUCAUUUUUAUUUUAGAUUUAUGUUAGAAAGGACUGGAUGGAAUCAUCUACAGCAGAAAUUGUCUGUGAUGUUUCCUCAUUAUUAGCGUAAUUUACAUUACAUGGUUAUUUUUCACAUUUGUUAAUUCAGUUGGCCCAAAUAAGUGAUUGAUUUUACAUCGGAAUAACUUUAUAGAAUGUGGUUCAGUUAAAGGUUGCAGUAUAGCAAGUGGUCAGAAAAGAUGAUUUGUCCUUCAACCAUAUUUGUAAAUGUGUGUGAACCAGUUCCACAAACUACAGCCUCAAAGUUAUAGAGGAGAAUCAACCAUUCUUUGAUACAAUCUCAAGAAAACUAAACCAGAACAUUAUAAUAAUAGGCAGUAUGAUUUUAUGUCUAAUUGUUGGCUGUUGUUAAUUCACAAGAUAAAAGGUCUCUUGUCUCUCUAGUUACUGACUGUAUUUUGUGAAGAUCUUUGUCACACAUAGAAACAUGGUUAUUAAAGUGUAACUCAGUCUUGUGUUACUUUUCACGGUGAUACCAGAAAUCACUUGGAUUAGUGUUAUAAUUGAAAGGUCUUUUUUGAAUCUGGACAUGAUUGGUAACAACUGUGGGCUGAGUUCAUCCCAUCUGUCCUCAGCAGCUGUCUACUCCUCAUUUCCAUAUCAGCAUUUUCUCUGUCUUGUUUUCUAGACUUGUUUUGGAUAUGGCAGGGAGGAGAUAGAGGAACGAAGAUGUUGGGCAAACCAUGAGUAGUAGUAAAUAAUGAAGGGAAGAACCCAUUUUAGAUGGUUGAGAUGAACAACUGGACUAUCUGGUAGCACAGGAGACCUCGAUUUACACUGUUACUGUUUAAGAGUAAAAGGGCUUCAACUAUGCACUUUUCCUAUAACAAAACAAAAAAUAAAAAUAAUUCAGUCUUA